GGAGAGUGCGCUCGACAGAGAGUGCGAGAGAGAGAGACACAGAGGGGGAGGCUGGUUCCUGAUACCAAGACACGGAAAAGCAGGGGAGGGAGAGAGAGAGAAGAGACUGACGGAGAAGGGAGAGGGGGGAGAAAACAGGGGAAUUACACUCAGAGGCACAAAACGCUCGGAGAGGGAGAAUAAAAAUAUUGAACUGCCUCGGUCCCUGACACACCAAAUUGGACCCCAAACCAUCGACAUUGCGUUUACCCAGACCCAUGGGUUAACAGCAUCUCACCAGGAUAAGGACCCACCAGAUUGUCAAAUGAAUAACAGGAAGGAAGACAUGGAGAUCACGUCCCACUACCGGCAGCUCCUGCGGGAGCUCAACGAGCAGCGGCAGCACGGCGUCCUGUGCGACGUCUGCAUCGUGGUGGAGGGCAAGAUCUUCAAGGCGCACAAGAACGUGCUGCUGGGCAGCAGCCGCUACUUCAAGACACUCUACUGCCAGGUGAAGAAGGGCCCGGAGCAGCAGGCCACCGUCACGCACCUGGACAUCGUCACGGCACAGGGCUUCAAGACCAUCCUGGACUUCAUGUACUCCGCCCACCUGGCACUCACCAGCAAGAACGUCAUCGAGGUGAUGUCGGCCGCCAGCUACCUGCAGAUGACCGACAUCGUGCAGGCGUGCCACAACUUCAUCAAGGCCGCGCUGGACAUCAGCAUCCGUUCCGAGCUGGCCGAAGAGCUGGCCGACUUUGAGAUGGGCGUGGCGGCGGUGGGCGGGGCAGCCGGAGGAGGGGCAGAAGCUCUAGCCUCCAUGAUGUCAGCCCGCAGCUCCUCCCCCUGGCUGGCGCGCCGCACCAGCCCAGCCAAUUCCUCAGGUGACUCUGCCAUCGCCAGCUGCCACGAUGGCGGCAGCACCUAUGGCAAGGAGGACCAGGAGCCCAAAAGCCAUGAGAGCCAGGAGGACACCUCGGCGCCGCCCCAGUGGCCGCCCGAGUUUCACCCCGUCCAGAUCAAGGAGGAGCAGGUCUCCCCGUCGAACUUUAAGGAGGGUCCGGCUGCCGGUGGCCAGGGGAGCCUGGCGGAACAGGCCAAUGGGGACAGCUGGCAACCUUCUGGAUCAGGUCGGCGCAAGAACCGCAAAAACAAAGACACUGUACGGCACAUCACGCCGCAGGCGGAGGGAGACAGCCGGGCAGGUUCCCCGCUGCCCGCCGUCCUCGCGGGGCCUGGCUGGAACUACGGCAAUCAGGACAUCUCAGGCGGUGACGAUACGGAGCCUAGCGGCUCAGAGAGCCGCACCAACCGGCUGGAGUUCUUCGUAAAGCAGGAGGAGUCUCUGUCGGGGGAUGCUGGACUCCUCCCACAGUCGCUCGCUGCCGAGAAGGAGGACGCUGCCAGCCAAGCGGCCUCCGUGGCCAACUUGCGGGCGGCACUGAUGAGCAAGAACAGCCUCCUGUCACUGCGGCCUGAUAUGCUAGGCGAGGACAACCCCCUUCUCUACGAGUACCUGCCCAAAGGCAGCCACUCCUUGUCCCUGAACGAUUUCACCGUCAUCAGGAAGAAGUUCAAAUGUCCGUACUGCAGCUUCUCUGCCAUGCACCAGUGCAUCCUGAAGAGGCACAUGCGCUCCCACACCGGCGAGAGGCCGUACCCCUGCGAGAUCUGCGGCAAGAAGUUCACCCGCCGUGAGCACAUGAAGAGACACACGCUGGUGCACAGUAAGGACAAGAAGUACGUGUGCAAGGUGUGCAGCCGCGUAUUCAUGUCGGCCGCUAGUGUUGGCAUCAAGCACGGCUCCCGUCGCCACGGCGUCUGCGCAGACUGCUCCGGGCGGGGCAUGGCCGCCCUGCUGGACCAGAGCGGCGACGGGGGCGAGGAGGGUUCCCCCGAGGAGGACCUGUACCCCGGAGAUCACCGCUUUCCGGACGACCCCACCGACGGCGACGAGGAAAUGCUGGCCGACGGGGAGAUGAUGGGGGACGUGGACGGGGACGAGGAUGGCAGCAAGUGGAAGAACCACUCAGGAAUGUCUCACCGGGACGCCAUGUUAGACAAUGACAAGGAGGAGAGCGAUUCGGCACAGGAAGGGGAGAACCACGCUGGUAGUGACAAAGAUUUCACCUGGAUCUCUUAGUCCAGCUCUUAUUUUUGGGUGGAAUCUCAAAUUCGUAUGAUGAGAGCCCCAGGGCUAAGGAGAAGACCCCACAACGUUAGAGACCACGCCAGGUGCGACAUCUCAUCUGCGUCGGUGGAGAUGCUGGCUACUUUCAGUUCGUUUCGUUUCUGUUUUUUUUUCCGAAGACGUGUUCCGUGGAGAGUCAGAUAGGUGAUGCUGGGCGUCGCUCCGGCAUUUCGCGUCACGCCGGCCCCGGAGGCUUUUCACGUGUCUUCUGUGAGCGCUGGGCUCCGCCGUCGACGGUCGCGUAGUGAUGACGCUUUUACUUUUUCAAACGAGACGCGCGCCGCCCGGCGGCCGUGCCGCAAGCCGUCCCCCGUCACGAGGGUGUGUUUCUAUUGCAAAACUGUAGGUGUCUGGUAAUUUUCAGCAGUUUUACGCACGUUGUCUUGCUGAAAACUGCCCCAGAUUUGCACUUUAACGUCAAACAGAUUCCUAUCAGUUCCUAGAUUCCGUGGUUUACAAUUUAUUUUAAUUUACACUGAGGACUAGGUUACCACGCCAACCUUAAGGAUAUAUGUCCUAAUGACUGUUAUCUAUAUUUCUGCAGAUUUGCCUUUUUAAACGUUUUUUUCUUCUGCCAGAAUCUGCCAGAUUUCGCGGUUCUAUUAAUUGCUAUUAAGGAACGUGGAAAAUACAUCUGUAAAUACAAAUAUUAUGCAGUGAAGAUCAGCGAUGACAAACAUGAGGAGUUUUUUUUUUGCUCCUAAGAUGGCAUGAUGUGUACCAGGGGAAAAGAGAGGGAAAAGUGAGAGAGACAGAAAGAGAGAUGGGGAGAUCUGAGAGCAGUAAUACCCAUGCACUCCUUCCUUCUGUGGCCAUUGGUCAUUAGAUGGAAGAUGAUGGCUGCUUUUAAUCUGUUUGUUUUGUUUUCCAGACGGACCACAGUCUCCUUCCCGAUGAAGGGGGAGGGUAAGGAAAUACUUAAUAUGCCUUUAACCUCUCACACUCCACCCUUUUUUUAACGGGGGAGGGAGGGGAAGGGGCCAGAUCAGCUGCGGUCCCCCAGAGAUCGCUGGCUCACAGAAAUGUGGGCGCCAGGUCCCGUUUUCUGUGGAGACUCGUUUAAUUAUCGCUCAGCCGUUCUUCCUGUCUCUCUUCCGUUCACUCUUCUGGGGGUGUUUCGGUGUUCCUCGGUGAAGAACGCAAAUGUUCAUGGACCUACUAUUUUUUACUCACUUAAUUUUCAUAUUUACGUUUGUUGUUCAGAUAUGCACCUGUUUAUGUAUUUUUAUGGGGGGGGGGAAAGCUGUCUCAUUUUAUUUCCGAGUGAAACCUUUACUGAUGUCUUUUCUCUUAAAAAAAGUCACAAAACAUAAACAAAAACAGAAAAAACAAGCUGCUUUGCUUGAAAUGUAAUACAUUAAGUGGGCUGUUAAAGUGACUUUUGAUUUUAUUCCAGGGCUUAUUUAUUGAACGUUGUUUUAAAUGGAAUAACUGUUUUUUAAUGAGACAUUCCUUCCUCUCAGUUCAGUCAGUCCUAAAGGCACAAAUGGUUAUUGUUGUGUAGUUUAUUUUUUAUUUUUGAGAUCACUUCUCUGUUUGUGCCAGGAUAUUUGACCUUGGGAGUGAGACCGGUCUGAUUUAUUAAGUGCUGGAUGCUAAGCUUUAUUACGUGUUUCAUUUUAAUAUUUUCUAUCUGUAAAAAGAAAGCUUUUAUACUUCGCCUUUGUUGUGGACAGCAAAGCCGCGUGGCUUUCAAACUUUUUAAUUGUGCCAGUUCUAUGCUUUUUUGUUGUAAUUAUUUUUUGUAUUUGUAUUUGUAUUUGUUUUGCAAAGAAAGGAUUUUUUUGAAAUGCUAAUUUAUUGGUUAUGUAUUGUCGGAAAGAUAUAUGCUUUUACCGCACAUGCUUCUAUAUUACUAACAUACACUAAAUAAUGAAUAUUAUACCAAAAAUAACUAACAUACGUUGUAUACAUUAAGUGCUUUUGUUUGACCAGAUGGUGUGCAGGUUCAAAGCUUUGAAAUUCGUUUUGCUUUGCUUUCCGGUUUUAGACAGUUCAAGUUAUACGCGUUACGCAUGCGUUAAGGUGAGAAUUGCGCGCGGAGAGGGGUUCAUAUGAGCGACUGUUGUUUCGGAUUGCGUUUUUUAUUUCGCGAGGAGGGCGAGGAUUUCAGAGUGGUGGAGCGAGGCUAGUGUUGUGUCAAGCACAAACCGAACCGGAUAAGUAGACGCGAUCCUGGCCUUAUCGCCGCGGGCCCCACUGACGAGCUCCUGUGCCGCCCUGCCUGGUCAAUGUGAAACUCGGAUCCUCAGUCUUAAUACAUAUUUACACUCGGCACUGGGAUUUUUUUUUUUUUUUAAACAAAAAAAACUAUUUAUUGUUUAUACAUCGUUUAUAAUCAACAUAAAUAUAUCGGGGAAAACGUGACAUAAUUCCACAAAAUGUUUUAUUGCUGGUGAUAAAAAUAUCUGAAAUAUAUAAAUUAGUGUACAGCUAGUAUUUUUUAUAGAAAUCGUUAUUAACGUUAUGAAUAAUAUAAUUAGUCUACCACUGGUGCUUUGACCAUCAAAAACCAUGCAGAAUAAUGUUUCAUUUACCUCUGUAUAACUCGCUGUAUCUAAAUACCUACAUGCAGACUAACUGACUAAAUUACAGAGUUUUAAACUAAAUGAUGGAAUCAGUUGUUAUUCAGGAAUGAUUCAUUCAGCCCAGUAGAUGUGCCUGGAUAUAUUCCUUAAUAAUAUGUAAGGAUUUUUCCCUAUACCGAACGAUAUCGGACGUAGCCAAUGUCAAAGUGGUGUAACUUAGAUUGGUUGCUGCAAAAACAUGGAAGCCGGUCAGGGGUUUGUUUACAAGACAGCGAGUCGGACUGGCUUUCCAAAGGAAUACCGGGAUAGCGGGCCGCAAUGGCACCGCCAGGCGCGAGGAGCCGGGCCACCGCCGGCUCGCGAGGCUCCCAGUGAGCCCUUCUGUUCCUCUGUUAAACCAAAGCUCCGUUGGACCCUCUGCACACCUCUGGUUGGUCUCACAUAAUGCAAACUGGAACUAUUUGCAAUAUUACAGACGGAAAGAGUAUUUAAUAAGAAAUUAAGUUCAGUUCUUUACCCGUAUAGCUUGAUUCAGUACGUAUGUGCAAAUCAUGAAGCCAUAGAUAUGGUUGUUUCUAGAUUAUGCUAUAUAUUUCAAAUUCCUUCUUUUAAUUUUAGAUUCUGUUAUUUACUAAGAGUGUUGUGUGUAUACCUUCACAUUAUAUAUAAAUGAUUAUAUAUAAAUGAUAUAUUAUUUAUUUUUUCCAAAACGUUUCAAGAAUCCUUGGUUGAGAAGGAUCACACUUGAAGCGAUUAGAGUUCUCUGUGGGGAAUACAGUUCAUUAUGAUACUGACUUUAUAACUAUAUCAACCUGUGUUUGCAAUGAAGAAGUGUUGAAUAAUUGAAAACCGAUUUAGUUAUCGCAAUUAGUGGAUGAAGAUAACGGUGCGUUGUACUGUUUUUUCUGUAUACGUAUGAUAGUACUGAUCAUCACAUUUUUUUCUAGUUGAAACAUGAAACGCGUGUAGAUUUGAAGGCGCACCUGUGGUGUGUCUGCGUCUCUUCUUAACUUCAUGUUAGUGGGAUUAGCUUGACUAUUAUUCGCAAAACCAAUCAGUCUCAAUAAAUUGGAAAUUGCUGCUGAAAAAAAAAA